AUGGCGUCCCUCUCAUACUCAAUCCCAAUUCCCCGCAAAUUCUUCUCUUCACCUGCAACUAGAACGACCCACCAACGUCCUUCAUCUCACUCUUCCAUCCAGAUCAUCAAAUGUUCCGAUUCAAGAAGAGAUGAUCAUCAGCAUUCCCAGUUCAAGGAACUCAGGAACGUAGCUUGUGGGCUUCUUGCUGUUUGGGCUAUCAAUGCUGCCUCACCCGUCAUUGCUGCUAACAUUAGGUUGCCUCCUUUGUCUACGGAGCCCAACAGAUGCGAGCGUGCAUUUGUGGGGAACACCAUCGGUCAAGCCAAUGGUGUUUAUGAUAAGCCACUGGAUCUCCGGUUCUGUGAUUACACAAAUGAGAAGUCUAACCUGAAGGGCAAGUCUCUGGCUGCAGCACUCAUGUCUGAUGCUAAAUUUGAUGGUGCUGACAUGACUGAAGUCGUUAUGUCUAAGGCCUAUGCUGUUGGUGCCAGUUUUAAGGGCACAGAUUUCUCUAAUGCAGUUCUGGACAGGGUAAUCUUUGACAAAGCCGAUCUGCAGGGAGCUCUGUUCAAGAACACUGUAUUAUCUGGAUCAACUUUUUCUGAAGCUCAACUCCAAGAUGCGGCUAAGGCGAAUUUCCCUUCGGGUGCAACUCCGCCUUCUCCAUCUUCAUCUUCUUCAUCCGGGAAGAAGAAGAAGAAACAAUGGUGUUUACCCAAGGCUGGAGCUAAAGAAGAGGCGCUGCAGAACAAUAUUGAUUAUGUUUGUGGGCUGGGAUUGGACUGCGGACCCAUUAAAGAAGGAGGAGAAUGUUACUUCCCUAACACGGUUCGGGCCCAUGCUGCGUUUGCCAUGAAUGCCUACUAUCAAUCUACUCAAAAAAAUGACUACGACUGUGAUUUCAGAGGAACUGGAGCCAUCACCAGAAAUGAUCCAAGUUAUGGCAACUGCAAAUACUGA